UGUUAUUCAUUUCAAUGUAGAACCAGCAAAGCUUUGCCUACCAAAGGGAAAAAAAAAUGUGCAGAUGCUUGUACUUGUUAUCAUAUGUAUUUCAAGUACAAUUCAUGGCUUUAACAUGCAUUCCAAUAGUGGAUAUACAUGCAGAAAAUAUCACAGAAAACUGGCCAUCACUAAUCUUUGCAAUUAAAUCAGCAACUUUCAUUGCACUGGAUCUGGAAAUGAGUGGUAUUGGCAACAGAAAGGAUACAAUGACAAGAUUCGUCCCUGGUGAACCUGUUGCUAAGCGAUCUGCUCAAACAACUUCUGCAGGGAAAAAUGAACAGCGAAGUAAUAUUGCCGAAAUAAAGAAAAAUGGCUAGCAAACGUUCAACGAAAUAAAUUGGACGAAACAAUUAGAUGUUGUCGACAAUUUUAUCCAAAUUAGAUAAAUUUAAAUGCUUACAUAUUAUGUGAGGCUGAUUUGUUAUUGUAGUUAGGUGCAUUUUCAAACCAUAUUCUCACUAUUACAAUAUAUUUCUUUUAUUUUAAUACCAAAAUAUUAAUUAUUUUGUAUAUUAAAAUAAAAUCUCAUCAAAAUGAUAGUUUGAGAUUAACAUAACAAAACAUAAAGCAAUUGUAUAACAAUGUAAAUAUUUAAUGUAAAUAUGCGAACUGAAUGAAAUCAUUUUGUUACACAAUUUUUUCUAUUUUUUUGUAGUUAAAAUCAAAAUAAAAAGGCAACACUAAUAAA